AUGUUGCCAGCACAGUCGCCAGUAUCGGUGCCACCUCCAUCGCAAAUAACUGCUACAGGGAUUACUGCUGAGCAGAUUUGGAGAGCUGCUUCAAUACUUUGCAACAGCCACCUUUGGAGUGCUGAAGCUCGUCAGGGCGCGUAUUGUGGAGCCCUACGUGGGUGUGGCCAACCGUUCAGCUAUGAUAUGACACUGGCAGAUACAGUCACACAAUUAGAAACGUUUAUCAAUAAUCACCCUGCAUUGAAAGCUGCUAUAGAAGCUUAUGACAAUUUCAUGGAAACUCUCUCUCUUAAGCUUUCGUUCAGUUUAAAUGAUACUGCACAGUUAUGUAACAAAUGGUUAUCAGCACUAGCUCCUGAGCAUGCAGCUGGGUAUUUUGAACAUGCAGAACAAUAUGAAGAAAUAUUUAAACGAGAUAAAAUAGCUGAAGAAUUGGAAAGUGAUUUGAUUGAUAGUGAUGAUGAGAAUGGACAGAACUAG